GUCCCCGCACGCCACCGCCGCGCGCGUCUCCCGACCGCUCCGCCGCCCUCUCUCUUGGCAGAAACCUCAUUUUUCUCCCCAUUAGACUGCGAGCUGACUUUGAGAUCUGAACAACCAGAAGCACUUUGAGGGAACUGAAGUUGUUAUUUUUGUUGCUGUUCCUUCUCCUUUGGGUUUAGUUUGCAGAGCAGGUUUUUGAUGCCUUUUUUCAGAAUGGAUUAUUUUCCCCUGAUCUGCUAUCUACUGUUUGUGACCUUCCAAGGCACUCCAGGAACAGCAGUCUUGGGCGCCGAGCUUAGCACAGGUGCUGAGAACGGAAGGGACAGCCCCUCGCCCAGUGCACCCUGGCGGCCCCGCCGGUCCAAGCGCUGCUCCUGCUCGUCCUUGAUGGAUAAAGAGUGUGUCUACUUCUGCCACCUCGACAUCAUCUGGAUCAACACUCCCGAGCACAUUGUUCCAUAUGGACUCGGAAGCCCUGCUAGGUCAAAGCGAUCCUUAAAGGAUUUAUUUCCCACCAAGGCAGCAGACCCCGGGAAUAGAUGCCAAUGUACUAGCCAAAGAGACAAGAAGUGCUGGAAUUUUUGCCAAGCAGGAAAAGAACUCAGGGCCCAAGACACUAUGGAGAAAGACUGGAACAAGCAUAAGAAAGGAAAAGACUGUUCCACGCUUGGAGAGAAGUGCAUCCAUCAGCAGCUGGUGGAAAAAAGAAAACUAAGAAGGUUGGAAACCAUCAGCAACAGCAUCAAAACAUCUUUCCGUAUGGCAAAGCUGAAAGCUGAGCUCUACAGAGGGAAGAAAGUGACGGACAACCGCGCACACUGA